AUGAUUGGUCGGGACGGUCGUCUAGGUACCAAGACUGAUGAUUAUCUCUGCACGGGGAGGUGCUUCGACACGACCUUGUCGUAUUGCCCGAUCCGAUGUGCCAUCCGUGCAUGUAAGGCCGCCGUCUCGCUCCGACCUCAACGUCACCCUUCCAAUUUCGGAUCCGCGCGCAAGAUGGCCUUACGCCCGGAUAGCUCUCGUUUUCUCUCUUAGCCUUUUCCCUCAUCGUUAACUGGACUCAACCCCUCGCCUAG